AUGAACUUUCUGGUUGAUGAUUUGGAAUAUGAGCAUAUGGUUCAUGAAGCCGAUAAAGUUGGAUUUGAAAAUUCAUUUUACAUGGCGGGAACAGUUCUUUUCAAUAAUACUGAUUCUUCAUCGGGAACCUUUUUGAGUUGUGGUUUGACUGAUAAAUGGGAAAAUCUGGUUCUAUAUACUAAUGGUGCCUAUGCUCUCAGUAGAAGUUUUCCUACCGUUGCUAUUUUACCUCAUGUUGAUGAUAGUCAAAUGAUUAGUUAUGCCACUAAUAAUAUCACUAAAAAUCUUUUGCGAUUUGAAGAUCUUUAUUAUAACAGCAACGUUAGUUAUGUUUUGACAUUCACCUUGGGAAAAAAGCUUGAAAACAAUAAUUCCUCAUAUGAGGUGAAGCAUAACAAGAUAAUACUUGGGUAUUAUAGACCUGAUGACACUUUAAUUAUUACUCAAUCUUUCUACUCUACCAAAAAAACUCUUUUUGAAUUUGAAUAUAGUGACAAUGUUACAAAUGCUACUGCUUAUCAAACAACUAAUCCUAUUAAAAAAUGGGGCAUUCAUCUUAUUCCACUUGUUUUAGAUAUCAAAGUAUCAAGAUUUGUCUAUACCGUGCUAAGUGAAACUUUGGGUAUAAACGUCAAAGGUUAUGACGAAUUGAAAUUCAAUUAUCAAGGUAGAAUCAGAUAUGAUGUAACUUCUAUUGUCAAAGCAGUUAUUUAUGCAAUUUUAGUUUUUUUGGCCCUUUUUUUCAUCACAAAACUUAUUCUCUACAAAUGUCCUCAAGGUAUUCCAACUUAUUAUGGUCUAUUGCAUGAGUAUCAUAAGAAUCGUUUAGAUGCCAGUCCUCCAUAUGAUGCUGAGAUUGAGCGUGAAUCUAUUUUUAAUAUUAUCGACAAGACAUAUGAAGGUGUAGGAUAUGAUGGAAGAUUGCAAAGAAAUCGAGUUGGAGUUCUUGACGAGGCUUCUAUUAGGGUAGGAACUAACAAAAAUGGUGUAAUUAAAAGACGAUUUAUAAGAUAA